UGGACUCUUGACCAUGUUAUUCACUCAGCAGUCAUUCAGAGUCUAGAUCAUGGGUCUUAAUGUUCCAGGUCUAAUAGCUACUUUAGGUUUCUAUGUGGCUGUCUUGGCCACAGGAGUAUGGGCUUCCAAGCGAUCCAAAGCAAAGGCGUCCACUGGGACAGUCACAGAAGUGGCUUUGUUAGGGGGGCGCUCCAUAAAUCUGGCUGUGGGGAUCUUCACGAUGACUGCUACCUGGGUUGGAGGUGGGUUCAUACUUGGGGUGGCGGAAGCUGUCUACAGCCCAAAUAAGGGUCUGCUCUGGGGACUAAUGCCUCUCUAUUAUUCAGUAUCUUUUGUCAUAGGUGGUUUAGUCUUUGCUAAACCAAUGAGGGAGAAGAAGUAUGUUACCAUGAUGGACCCAUUUCAGAUCAAAUAUGGCAAGCCUGUGGCUGUGCUAAUGGUCAUCCCUGCCAUCGUAGUAGAUAUGCUCUGGGUGGCUUGUACUCUCAUGGCACUAGGAGGGACAAUCAGUACAAUCCUGGAUUUGCCGUAUGCCUACUCUGUGAUUUUGUCAGCGGCGGUAGCAAUCAUCUACACUCUCCUUGGGGGGCUCUACUCUGUGGCCUACACUGAUGUCAUCCAGCUGAUCCUCAUCUUUGUUGCUUUGUGGCUCUGUGUGCCAUUCAUCCUCCUGAAUCCCAUCCCUCUUGACAUCAGCAUAACAGCCUUCAAUCACACCUACCAACCUCCUUGGAUUGGUCAUCUGCAGACACAGGACAUCUGGAGAUGGCUGGAUGAUUCUUUAGUGCUGAGUAUUGGAGCGCUAGGUUUCCAGUGUUUUCACCAGCGAACCCUGUCUGCCGCCACUGCAGCCAAAGCGCAGAUCACAUGUUUUGCUGCAGCCAUGAUGAUCCUUAUCCUGGGCAUUCCAUCUGUGUUGAUAGGAGCAGUGGCUGUGUCUACAGAUUGGAAUCAAACUGAUUAUGGUGCCCCCUCUCCAUACGAGCGAGGAGAAGCAUAUGGAAUCCUGCCUAUCUGUUUGCAGUACCUUUCUCCCUCCUACGUCUCCAUAUUUGGAAUAGCAGCAGUUGCAGCAGCAGUUAUGUCCUCCACAGAUUCAGCGCUCCUCUCCAGCACAUCCAUGUUCUCCACAAACAUCUACAAGAACAUCAGAACACAGGCUUCAGACAGAGAGAUCCUGUGGGUGAUCAGGAUAGCUGUUGUUGUGACUGGUAUGGUUGGAACCGCUCUGACUUUUCUUAAUAACAGUAUUUUGGGAUUCUGGGUUCUCGGAGCUGAUGUUGGAUAUUGUGUUCUCCUCCCUCAGCUGAUUUGUGUCCUUUUCUGCCCUGCCUCCAAUGGUUAUGGGGCAGUUGUUGCAUACUUCCUGGGCACAUUGCUAAGGUUGUUGAGUGGAGAGCCUCUGUUAGGCCUCCCACCAGUUAUCCAUUUUCCAGGUGGUGAAAUAGUUGAUGGUGUGUAUGUGCAGCAAGCACCUGUCCGAACAAUAGCUAUGCUCUUCACACUUGUCUCCAUCCUCUUUUUCUCUUACCUCUCCACUCAACUAUUCCACCAUGGAAUAAUGCCCAAAGCGUUGGAUUUCCUAAGGAUCAACAGGGUCAUGACGCCAAGAAUGGGUCAAGCAAGAAGGAAGGCUGAAGGAAACAGACUGAUGAUGUCACUAUCUUGCCCCAGUACUGUAAAAGAGAGUGAAGUUGAAGAAACUGCACAGUUGUAGUGUUCCCAGGCAAGAUAGAAAAGUGUUUUUCAUCUUUGUCACGCAGUGUUCAAAGCACAUCUAACUAUUAUAAUUGCCAAUUGUAAUAGAAUAGCUUAAUUAGAAGGACAGAAUAUAUUGUAUAUUAAAACAUUGCUCAAACAUCAAAA